GUCGUUAGCAACGCAAACUGUUCUCCUUAUCUCUCAAAUAUUUCCAUUAUGUCAGAACUCAGAAAACAGGAAAGUGUCGAUGAUACGAAGAGGAUUGUCCAUACUUAUCCUUUAUUACGGCACACUGACAUGUCGGACGAGAUGAAGGCGGAGACGAUGGAGCUCAUAGUGACGGCGUGUGAGAAGCACCAGACCAACAAUGAGAGAUGUGAUGUCACGCCACCUCACUGGAGAAAUGACAUAACAUGUGAGAUCACACCAGAAUGGGUCCUAAGAACAAGGACCAUGGAGGAGGAGGAGGAGGAGGAGGAGGGGGUGGUGGUGGUGGUGGAUGGUGGAGGUGGAGGCAGUGGUGGCAGUGGCAGCAAUGGUGGAGAAGAUGCCAGUCAAGUAUCUUUUGAAAUUUGGCGUCAGAGGAUACUGUCUGCAAUUGCAAAGAUAAGGUCGCAGAAACAGCGACCUAAUCUUGAGCGCAUUACUCAAGCCAUGAGGCAGUGGCCACCUGAUGUCGUCAUUACUAAUUUACAAGCACAGGUUGAUGCUGGUGCUGUUCUCUAUCUUGAAAAGAGGGGUAUAGAGUCAUAUGCUGACCCUAGGAACCCUCCUAUGCGCAUCGGACGAGUGAGCACCAGGGCACCCACUGCUAGUUCACGGGCAGCUGACUUGGUGGGAAAAGUGGUCCGGGCAGUUAGGGAGCUUAUGAGUGACAACUCAGAAGGUGCCACUAUUAAAGAGGUUCUUGGUAAAUUAGAUGGACAACUUGGAAACUGUGAGGAUAAAGGUAAUCUUGUUCGACAUGCUAUCAAGAGAGCCAUCCAGCGUGGAUUCUUGAAGCAAGAUGACCAGAACAAACUAUCCUUGGGUACAGAAGCCCCCAAGAAAAGGAGUUGUGGUCGUCCGUCUUUUAUCGAGAUGCCACAUGAACCUGCUCCUCCUCCCCCUACUGCUGUUUUACAGCAAAAUACAACUAUGCCUAUAUGUUGUGAGUGCCUGGGAACUGAAAAAAGUGUUGAGGGUGGUUUUGUACAUUGCCCUACAUGUGGUGCUUCGGUCCACCCAAAGUGUUUACGCCUUGACCCAGCAGCUUCAGUCAGAUUGCAAAAACACGGUUGGACAUGCGCUGACUGUAAGAGUUGCGUCGCCUGCCAGAAAACAGGGUCUGAGGUAUUGGGCAGCCUUAUAUUGUGCAGUACCUGUGACAGUGGUUAUCAUGCAAGCUGUGUUACACCCCAGUUGGAGCACCGGCCAACCAGUAGUUGGACUUGUCCAAAUUGUAUGAACAAUAGCAUCGGUAAUAGAAGUAAUACUGCGUCUCCAACUUGUAGUGUUCAUAGUGAAGGAGGCAUGAACCACACAAAUAGUAGUAAUAGAAAAGGACGAGGGAGGUCACGAAAAGGACCUGUCGAGUCUAGUAGAAAAAGGCUCUAUAGUUCUUCGUCGUCAAGUUCACGAUCAAGAUCAGCCUCCCGGAAGCAUAAACCUAGUGAGAGUGACCAGCAGAAAGAAGUGCCGAGUUCUUCCGAUGAAAGUGACGGUAUGCAUGGCCACCCUGGUUCUUCAAAGAAAAUCUCUAAUGAUAAGCUUUCCAGGGAGAAAGCUAAGUUUUUUAAAAGAAGUUUUGGGGACAAGGGGAAAAUGAGAUUAGCCAAGGGUACGAUACGGGUUGAAUCACAUACAAAUGCGGGUAGUUCGACAGGUAGUCGGAUGGGGACAAGUGAGAGUGCUUUGGGGGUACAAGGGAAGCGUGUAGAUGCUGCCAGUGACCUUAGUACUAGUGGGCCAGAUUCAACAACAGACACAAGUAGCAGUGAUGAAUCAGGGGCAGAUGUGACCAGUUGUAAAAAGGGUUUAAAUUUUAACCAUUCAGUUUUACAUCAUGGCCAGGAUACUAUAGACAACUCUGGGGACAAAUUACAGAAUAGAAAGUCUGAAUCCUUAAGUGAAGACUCUGGGAGUGGGACACCUCAUGAGGAACGUAGUUCAUCAUCAACCAAUUCCUCAAGUACUAUGUUAGCUUCAGGUCACCUCAGGGGACUGUUUGAUGGUCUCAGCCACCUUUAUACUCCGUACGAUUCCCGUAAGAGACCAUUUCAUGAGAGGCCAAAACAUAAAGGUCAUAAGAGAACCUCAUCAAGAGAAGGAGACUUGCCGCCAUUUGAGACAAAUAGUUUAGAGGGAGGUGAUGUAGUUUGCGAAGGUGGACAGGGCUUCAGAGAUGGCAGUGAGUGUAGUGGUGCCAUAAAUCGGUUAGGAGGGAACGUGGGAGUAUGGUCGCCGUGGGCACCCCACAAGUGGCCCAGCACUGGUGUAAAUGCUGGUGCUUGUGGCUCUGGUGCAGCUCCCUCAACUGCAGUGGUGGGAGCCAUUCCACUGGUAGCCAACACAAGUGGCAGUGGCAGCCAAGUUCAGGCAACGGAUGGACGUAAAUGGCGCAAGAUGAGGCCCGAGGGCUGCAGCAGCCACACUGGGGGUCAGGACACAGGGGUGAACGCUGACAAGUUGCUCUCCUCGUCUACAGUGGAGUCCAAGAGCGUAACAGAGAAAAAGAUCCAGAGGAUGGUUCGACCCCCAGGAGUUACUGAGAGGGACAUGGAGAUGUUCAAGAAGGCCCAGGAACAAGCAUCAUUGGAAAUGGACAAGAAUCGAACAACUGUGCAAGAAAGAGAUCCAUUUAAUAUGUCAAGAUGUCCAGCUAGUAUAGACUUCGGACAAUAUGAUAUACAAACUUGGUAUUCUGCUCCAUAUCCUCAAGAGUAUGCACGGUUAACUAAGUUGUUCCUGUGUGAGUUUUGUCUCAAGUACAUGAAAAGUGUGUCUAUGUUAGGGAGACACUUGCAGAAAUGUCUUUGGCGAACUCCACCAGGGACCGAAAUAUACAGAAAAGACGGACUUUCUGUCUUUGAGGUUGAUGGCAAUGUCAGUAAAAUUUAUUGCCAGAAUUUGUGUCUCCUGGCAAAGUUAUUUCUGGAUCACAAAACAUUGUACUAUGAUGUUGAACCUUUCCUCUUCUACGUUUUGACGAGAAAUGAUGGAAAGGGAUGCCAUCUCGUCGGUUAUUUUAGCAAAGAAAAGUUAUCAGCUCUCAAAUACAAUGUUUCAUGUAUCAUGACCAUGCCUCAAUAUCAGAGACAGGGAUAUGGAAGAUUUCUUAUAGACUUUAGUUAUUUGUUAUCAAAACGAGAAGGACAGCCAGGAACUCCAGAAAAACCCCUUUCAGAUCUUGGGCGAGUCUCUUACACUGCCUAUUGGAAAUCAGUUGUUUUAGAAUACCUGUAUCAUGUGCGAGAGAGCAACACUUUUAGUUUACAAGAUAUAGUGAAAGAGAAAGCCAUGUAUCCAUCAGAUGUUGCAUAUACACUGAGUAUCAUGAAUUUUAUUAAGAGGGAUGUCAAUGGACAGAUUGUCGUCAGUAUAGACUGGGGGAUGGUCGAAGACCACUAUCAAAAGCAGCAGAAUAACCCUCGUCGAUUGAGACUUGAUCCUGAUGCACUUCGUUGGUCUCCGCUUGUAUCUGGGCACAACACUUCUUCAUCACACAUUGAUUCAGAUGAGGAGAAAGAUGAAAUAAGGAGAGUUUCAACUCAAGGGAAAACAGAAACGACUCGUUUGGAGAGAACAGGAAUCUUAGGGAUGCACAAUGGUGCUGCUGAGUCUCAGUCUCAGGCAAAAUCAUUAUCCGAUUGGGAGAAGACAGAUGAGGAUAUUAAGGUGGAAGAUGAGUUCUUCGAGGAGGAAGAGAAGUUGGGUGUUGAAGAGCCAGUAACCCCUGCACUAAAAGCAACACCUGUACAGCAGCCCAUCCCCAAGCCACGUGGCCGUCCGUUUAAUAUUGUUGUCCCUAAGAUGAAGGGUAGCUCAGAAACCCCACUGUCUGUGGCCGAGGACCAAGAGAGAGGGAAGGAGAACAUUAACAAAUCUACUACAUCAAAUGAUAAGGCAUCUAAAGAAGAUGCAUAUGUUUUCAAAGAAGAAGAGGAGCAUGACUUUGAACCCAGUUUCCGAAGCCUGAAGAGCGAAAGAAGAAAAUCUUUAACAUUAAAAGAAAACCAGUUUGCUCUUGACAGCCAGCGAGAAAAGAAAAAGGGAUCCAUAGGUGUUGACCGGAAGCUAUUGAUGGAUGAACCAUCAUCACUGGACGAUAGGGGUGUGAAAGAUCAUUUAAUCACCCAGAAAGAUUCCUCGAUACAUCUUAAGAAUUCAAAGAAAAUUGCAACAACUUCCAAGAUGCUUCUUCAUUCAGAUGAGGAGGAUGAUCUCCAUGACAAUCUUCCUGAAAGUAGCAGCUUACCAAAGAACCUAAGGGAGACAUCUUCCUCUUCUUCCUCCUUCUCAUCUUUCAAGCACAAGAAAAGAGAGGAGGAGGGAACUCGCAAGGAGAGGCGGAAAAGAGAUGGAAGUGAAGAUAAUGAGGGAGAUGGUAGAAAGAGCCAUCAGGAUUCACCUAAGGACAGAAGGAGAGGGGAAGAAGACUUUAGUAGAGAACAUCACAGAGAUUCUUCAUCCUCCAAAAAUAGGAAGAGUGACUUAUUAGAGGUAAAUGAUGUUGAUAAAGAAAAUAGAAGAGAGACUGAAAAUCAUAUGGAGUCUGAUAGAAAAGAAAAAUUGGUAAGGGGGGACUUGGUGUCUGUUAGUGUGAAAGAGGUGGAUAAAAAGCGAGAUGUAAAUAGUAAAAGAGAACAUGAAACUAGAAAAGAAAGCUCUGUACUUAAGAGUAAAAGAAAACCUGAUAAAGAACUACCUGAUGAAAGGACAAGGGAGUCUUCAAUAGCUAAAGUGAAAAAGUCUGAUGAAGAUAGUCAAAAAGAAAUAUCUAAUAAGAGUAAAAGGUUAGAUUGUGAAAAUAUACCUAGAAUCCAAUCAAAGGAUGAAAGAUGUAGAAAGGGCGAAGAAAGAGGCUUGAUAAUCACGAGUGAAAAAAGUGAGUUGAAAUUUGAGGAGAGAAAUCAUGGAAAAAACCGUAGAAAAAUAGAGUGUGAGGAAGAUGGUGAAGACAUUCGUAGAGAAAUUUCUCCAAUCAAAGCCAAGAGAUCAGAUUCUUGUGACAAAGAAAGGAGAAGAGAGAGUCAUUCAAAAAGUCGAAAAUCAGAAAGUGAAGUGAGUGCAGAGGAAUACCAAAGAAGUAUCUUACCAACCAAAAGCAGACCAAAAUGUGAGAAUGUUGAUGAUGAUGAUUGUAGGAAAGACUCUUCAGUUAGAAGAAAAAGGUCUGAGUCUGAAAGAAGUCAUGAUGAUAACCAAAGAGAAAUACUUCCUCGAAGCAGAAGGAAAGUUGAACAUGAUGAAUGCAGGGAUGAUGUGCUUAAAGAGUCUUUGUCACCAAGAAAAUUGAGAGUUGAUUCUAGUGAAAGUGAGGGAAAAAGGGAUCACUCGGGAACAAGAAAGAAAAGGUUAGAAUCUGAAGAAUUGGAGGAUAGCAGAGAAAGUUCUAGAACACGCAAGAGAAAUGACCCAGAUGAGGUUAGUGAGGAUAGACGAAGGGAUAGUUCUCGAAUAAGAAAAAGGCAUGAAGAACAUGGGGGUGAUAGAUUACUGGAAUCUCCUGUGAAAAGCAGGCGAAAACAUGAAGAGGGUGGGGAUGGUCACAAGGAAUCAUCUUCUGGAAGAAGUAGGAGGAGACAUGAUGAAAAUGAAGAGAGCAGACCAAAGGAUUCAGUACCAUCUAGAGGUAAAAGAAAAGACCAUGAUGAAACCGUGGAAGAGGGGCGUAGGGACUCGUCAAAAAGCAGGAAGAAGGUGGACAUUGAUGAUGCUGAAGAGGAAAAUACAAGAGACAGCAGUUCUUUCUCGAGAAGUAGGAGAAGAAGUGAAGCUGAUGACAAAGACCAUCACCAUCACCACCACCAUCAUCAUCAUCAUAGAGAACAUUCAUCCAGAAGUAGGAGGAGUGGAACCUAUGAUCAGAAAGAUGACCAUCGCUGUGAAUCAUCGAACCGCAAGAAAAAGAUAGAAACAGACGAAAAGGAGGACCACAAUGUACGUGAAAACUCCUCAACCAAAAACAGGAGACGGCUGGAACCCGAGGAAAGUGAAGAAGAAUCUCCUCUUAGUAAGGAUUCUUCCAGAACAAGAAGGAGAGAAGAGCAAAAAGAAGAACCACUAGUAAUUAGUCACAGAGAAUCAUCUAGAAGAAAAAAUAAAGAGCAAGAAUUAAAGAAGGAUUCCACUGAAUCGAGGAAACUAAUAAUAGAGCAGACUCCUGAAUCAGAAAAACCACAUAGGUUACGAAGUAAAACACAGAGUCCCUCUGUUGUGUACAGUAGUCGUGAAGGACGUAGAAGGAAACAUUCUGAAAUGGAGGAAGAAGAGCAACGUGCAGAAGUCACCCCUGUCAAGAGUCAAGCAAAAGCACAGGCACGAAGAGCUGAAAUUGAAGACUAUCUACUGCCCAAAUAUAAACGAGCAAAAAGAUAUGAUGAUGGAGAUAGAAGUGAUAGUGCUUUGUCCAACAGGUCAUCAAGACGAGAGAGGGAAGCUGAAAAUAGGCAGAGGUUGAAGAAACUGGAGGAAGAGGCUAAAACUAGGAAAUCGAAACGAGUGGAAGAGCAGUCUGAGCUGCUGAAAGCUAAAAAGGCCAAGUUAUCCACUGGACUGCGGAGAAGCCUUCGGGGAGUUCAUGCUGAAGAGGAAGAGGAAGAAGAAGAAGGUGUGGAUGGUGGUGACUUGGAAAUGCCUCACCUUGAACCUAUGGUUGACCUUGGAAAACGACCAGAGUCGCCAGAACCAGACCAGAUGUCAUCAGAAAAAAGCAGUGAGGGCAUUGUGAAAUUAGACAAAGGGGAUUGCCUCCCUGAUGCUGAAGGAGAAGCUAGAAGUGCCAGUAAUAAUGAAAAAGCCCCUGAAGAACCGUCCGUUGUCAAGAAGCGAGGUUGGCCAAAAGGUGUACCUAGGGGACCGAAGAAUACUGGUCGGGGACGAGGACGAGGUUCUGGUAGAACAUCUGGUCGCCCACCUGGGAGGCCACCAAAGAAUGAUGCUGGAAGAGAAAAACCUCCUUCAACGGAUGCUGCAGAGCUUGAAGAGCCUGUUUGCCAGGAUCCUCAAGAGCAAAUAAUUGAAAACAAGACAAUGCAAGAAGCUAAUGUCAUUGGUUGUGAACCUGAAGAGAACCAUUUAAUUGAAGAAGAAGUAGAGGAGGAAGAUCAGAAAAUCGAAGCCUUAGAAAAGGCUUGUACCAUACAAAAUGUUGUGGAUAGAAAAACUCCUGAACCUGAAGAAGACAAACAUGAUGAACCAGUAAGGGGUGGGGUUACUAACUCUGGUGGUGAGGUUGAGUUGACUAAGGAUUGUAAUGGUGUUAAUGAUUCAGAAGGCAAAGAUAUUGAACUAAAUGAAAAAGGAGGGGAGGGAAAUGAAGAUGAGAUGGAAGUGGAAAAGGAAAACCAUGACCCUGCCAAAGAUGUUUGUGUUGAGAAAGAAAGCAGUGGGGAUGUUCAAGAGGAAUUAAGUGAGGCAGACAAAGCUGUGGCAAGUAUAAUGAAUGGGGGUUGUGAGCCUAUCACUAGUAAUGCAAAUUGUUUGGAAUCUGAAACUUUUAACACUAAUUCUCCUCAAGUGGAAGUACCUGAAGUGCCAGAAUGUAAAGCUGGUGAUGGCAGAGUUGAUGAGGCUUAUCAAGAAGAGGUCACAAAAGCAGUUGAAAGUAUCUGGGGAGGGACAGAGGAGCGGGAACCUAAUAUUGUUGACGAUUCACGACCAUCAGUUGUAUUAGAUGAACCAAAAGUUCCCAGUCCGCCAGUACCACCCAUUCCAUCUUCUUCCCUUCCAACAUCUCCACUUCCUUCUUCUCCUCUACCCACCUCCCCAAUUCCAUCAUCUCCUCUUCCAAUCACUCCACUUUCUACCACUUUGCCAACAACUCCUUUGCCAGCAUCACCUCUUUCAUCACCUGUUCAUCGUUCUGUUUCACCAACCAUCCUUCCAAGUUCUCCUUUAAGACCGGACAGUGAGAUUGCGCCCCAGAGCCCAGAUCAGGCAAGAUCUGUAGCUUCGUCAUCUCCUCCUCAUUCUCCCAUUCCCAGUUCACCACCACCUGCUCCAGCACCACCAUCACCUACUUCACCUUCACCAGUCCCUUCUCCUGUUCCUUCUCAUCUAGAACCUCCUUGUGCCCCAGCACCUUUAAGCCCUACAUCACCAACUUCUCCAACAACACCUGUCUCACCGUCAUCUAUAGGGUCUCCUGCAUCGAUUCGUUCUCCAGCAACUCCCAUUCCAGAGGUACCUGUAGGAGAGGUGCCUGCAUCAUCUCCUUCACGAGCAAUGGGUUUAGAAGCUGAUGAUGAGAGUAUGUGCCAUUUACCAUCUGUUGGAGCAUCUGCAUCUAUUUCAGACACUCCUGCACUCGCCUCCAUUUCUAGUCACCAAAGUCAAGAGGGACAGUCAAGUGAUAAACAUUGUGAUCCAAUAAUAGAAGACCUUCAAAAUCAUCAGCAACAACAGCAACAGGAAAAGAUUACACAUCAAUCAGAGGACUGUUUACCAGAUAAAGAAGGUGCAGUUCAGAAUUCUGACCAAGUUCAGGCAACUGUUCCUGCAGUACCUGAUACGUUAAGUGCAGCUGGCCAUCAAGAAGAGAACUUGGCAUCUCAGAUGGAACAAGCAUAUGAACCUGUUGAUGCACCAAAGGUAGAUAAUCAUCCAACAGGUCAAGAGGCUGCACAUACUCAUGAUCUCACUCUUGAUGUUGGAGAUGGUCCGAAAGUGGUGAAUUCUUCGGCGGGGAAUACACCACCUUCCUCCUGUGGUUCAACUAACACUACGUCUGUGAUAACUCGCCAGGCUCCCACGCCAACUCCACCUCAUCAGCAAGAGGUGGGAAGCAUGGGUGUAUUCACUCCUGAUUCCACAACAAAUUCUGUACAUUCAAUGCAUGGUUACUCUCAAGGAGAGUUUGAUGUGUCUCAGCUAGGCAUUGAAUCUCCAACUUCAAUUUCCAGUAAUGAAAUGGCACAUUCUGUAGAAGCACCUCAACAAGCUUCUACUCCCCAAAGUUAUAAUGAUUGUGCACAAAUAAAUCAGCAGGUUCAGCCACCAACCCCUACCCAUGUACAACCAACAACUCCAACGCAUGUUCAGCCAACUACUCCGACUCAUGUACAGCCUUCAACUCCUACGCACACACAACCUACUACUCCAACUCCACCACACAUAACCAGAACUACUCCAACACCAACCCCAAUUUUGCCACAACCUAUUUCCCAGCCGCAGCAUCAGACUGCAUCACAGACCAUUGUUACUCAGGCACCUAUUCAAACACUAGGAGUUGUAACUGCUCCACAGACUCAGACUCAUCAUCAGACCACAAAACAUCAGCCAUCAAAACAACGCCACAUUCAGCCUAAACCUCCAGCACAACCACAGACACAAAGUUCUGUCACUGGCUCAAGGCCUCCAUCCAAUCUUGGGACACAGUUAUCUCCACAGUCCGUUGCUGCUAUGCAUGCUUCAAGUCAAGCGCAUAUGAUGACACAACGGAUGAUGGCAUCUACUCCACAUCCACCAUCUGGCUUAGGACAGCAUCAUCCUAUGUCUCAUCAUCACGCUGCUCAUACUCCUCAUCCUCCUCGUACUCCUCAUGUUACUCACACCCAUCCACAAAUGCAAAAUUUUAGUCAUCCUAAUUACAUGAUGGGCCCUCAUCAACAGAUGCUUGGACAUCAUGGGACAAUGAUUAGUCAGGCAUAUUUGACUCAACCGUCUGUUAACACCUAUGCCCAGGCUCACACUCCUGCGCAUUCUUCUUCAUAUAUGACCUCUGUUAUCCAGUCAAGGAUGGGUGGUACUCAGCAAGGAUCCAGCCAGAACUCUUCAUCUGCCUCCUCUUCUUCUACCUCAUCAUCACAACGAGCUGGCCAUGCAAGUGGCUCUUCCAAUGCAUGUGGUCCCACAGCUGGCAACUACUUCUUGAACUCCAGUCCUCCAGGGCCAUCUCCUACACCUACUCCAAUCGGGGGUGGCCAACAUCAUGUAACUGGAGUGCAAGGAAGUGCAUCCUCAUGUAGUAUAGCACGUUUACAACAACUAACCAAUGGAAUUAUGGAUAUAGCCCCUCCCCCAUCUUGUGGUGGUGUCACACCACCCCCUUCGCAUACCGUCACUCCUCCUCCGUCUCACACCGUUACUCCGCCUCCCACAGCUGCUGCAGCUGUUGCUGCCCAGCGGAACAUGACGCCACCCAUUUCUAAUUUGCAGUCACAGGUACCAUUGUCGUAUAAAUACAAAUCUCAUCAAGCUGCAGCUGCAGCACAAAUGUCCUCUAACAUGAUGCCGCCAACCAUGUUGGGGUACCAAGUCAAUGGUUACCGUAUGCCGGGCCAGCCUGGAGCUAUGUCUGCUCUUAACACAUCGUACCUGACAAAUGCCCCAUUUAUGAAUCAGCAGCUGCCCAUGCAAAUGAUGAACAUGCAUCCGCAAGCUGCUGGCCAGUAUCAGGACCCUCGCUCCCAGCCUCAAAACACUAUGUACCCGCCAUACUCGUACAUGUCACCACUGCAGCUCAAUGGCACCAUGCGUCGGUAGUCCCUGUCAUUCGAGUUUCAGUAUUUAAAUUAUGGUGCUUAAUCCUGAAGGGAAAUGAAGAAAAAUAAUUUCAGGUGCAAAAGUAAAUCCCAAGAUAUGUUCGAGUGACUUUAUGCAAGGUUCGGCAAUAUUUUGAUAGUGUAAGGAUGUGUGAUCGAAUCAAGCGACACAUGUGGUGUUAUAAAUUUGUAACUUUCUUUUUUUUCUCUUGAUGAAACAUAUUUUUUUGGCCUGUUGUAGAGUUAUAUUUUAGAUAAUUAUUUAUGGUGUUUGUAAAGAAAUCUAAAGUGAUUAUCCAGUUGCAGUAAUUUGGACAUCAGUAGUCAGUUGCAAAAAGAAAUUAUGUACCAGUGGGGAAGAAAGAACAGCACUUGAACAAUAUGCUGUGACUUCUAUCUAUAGCUAUGCAUGUGAAUGUGUAUGUGUGUAUAACAAGAAAGGUGGAAGAUACAAGUUUAUCAGUUGUUGAGUUGGCUAGUCUACAGAAGAUUUUUUUUUAUUAUUAUGGAGGCUAGGAUAUACCUUAACAAGAAGUUAAAAUAAUCUCAAAAGAAAAUUUGUGUAUUUAAAAAAAUUUGAGGAAGCUUAGGGAAGGUUAUCUUAAAAGUUGGUUAAGUCAAAACCAGAUAUGGAUGGAGUUCCAUUAUAGCAUUGUAACUUUUAUAUUUAAAAGAUAUUUUGCUUUAAAGUAGUUUUCACUUGUCUUGCAGAACAAUUUACUGUACUCUGCUGCAAGGACAGAAUGUUUAUAUACUACAAAGAUGGGGUAUUAGAGAAAGUUCGGGUAAACAUUUUGAUGAUGAACUUAGAGGAAUCUGUAAAACGGGAAAAGCCAGUCAUCUAAAAUGAUGAAUUAACAAGGAAAGUUUGAUGCAGUUUCCCUUUUGCAGUCAUUGUCAUUUCAUCAGAGUACCUGGUUUUUCCAGGUUAUUCAUUUGUCCUUUUGGGUAAAACUAGAUGUGACCUAUUUCCUUUGUAGAAGAGGCAGGCUUCUGAUAAAUCUCAAUUUCAGUUGAAAGACAAAAGGCUCAUAAAUUUUGGAGCUAUUUCUAUCCUUAUUAAUGGAGUGGGUUUAUUGGCUAAAAUGUUGAGGAUUUUCAUAGUGUUUAUCUAUUUUGAGAUUAUAUAUAUUUGUGCAGUAUGUAGUGUUUGGUUUAGAAACUAGGUAACAUUUUAAAGAAUUUUUUAGCUUUAGCAUGCCAUCAUGAUUGCAUAUUUUUGUGACUUGACAGCCAAGGAACAUCUUUAAUGUCUCUCUGGUUAUUAACUAAUAUUAGUUUGUCACUAUUUAUCAAAGCAUGACCUUGCUUCCAUCUGUGGGAAGUGACUUUUGUUAACUCCAUGCAGACCUGACAGUUUUACGUUGAAACUUUUCAAGUAGCCGUCCACAAUGCAUACUGAUUACUAAAAACUGUUCUUUUCAAGGUAUAUCUUACCAGUAUUGACGUUGAGUUGGGAUAAUUUUAUUUCUUUCAUAUUAAAGAAAGCUCAACAACAUGGUAAAGUGUUUCUUGCCAACUUUCAUAAGUAUUUUAUUUCUGCACCCCCACUGUCUUCACUGAUUUUAGUAAAAAAAUUUUCUUCCUUCUCAUUUUUUAAGACCAGAUUGUUCUAAUACAUCUUGUGGCCUCUUUUUACACCAAAAUGUAUGUAUGCAUAUCAGGUAUGUAUGUAUGCUGUACACAUUGUACAUAUACACAUACAUAUGCAUUAGUUAUAUACUAUACAUACAUAUGCAUACAUACACAUACAUUUAUACAUUAUAUACUGUUCAUAAGUAUACAUAUACAUGUGUAUCUCAAAAAAAUUUGUUAAAUUAUAACUUUACAAUGGUGUGACCAAAACAUAGACCAGGACAGAAUAUAUCUUGUGCUGUAUAAUUUGGUUGCAAGUUGCAGGAAGGCUAUGUAGAACUGAAUUGUUGAUUAUUUUUAACAAUGUAGAUUGGAUUGUUUUGUUGCAAUAUGUUGGAAGUAAUUUAUGAAAUAGUGUUAUAUGGAAGGGAUAAUUAUUACAACUAUGAAGAUAGCAACAUUUUUAUGAGUAAAAGAAGGUGAGAUAUUUGUUAGAAAUAUUGAUUUGGAUGGGGGUUAGUUUUUAAGGGGAAUUAGUCUUGAUAUAUGCUUUUAUAAACAUAUGGUUUUUUAACUGCUGUUUGCUGUAGUUUCAGGGAAGGAUAUUUUGAUUUACUGAGAUAGCUAUUUUAUAUGGCACUUGAAAAUCUGUCUAUUAAACUCCCAAAAUAAUAUUGGAAUGUAAUAACAUGUCAUUUUAAACACGAGCAUAAGUUUGAAGGGAAAUGGCCAGUUUUUGUUGGUAGUUAUUUUUAUACAAUACAAAUUCUUGACCAUGUUUCAUAAGAGUUAGCCAGCAAUCAUCAAACUGGAGUGUGACAAACUGUUACAGAAUUUAGUGUUUUAUCUUUGUCAUGUGAGUGAUCAAGAAUGAGCAACUGGAAAGUAGUAGUUGUAAUAGUAAUUGAUAGUUUUAUUUUCCUUUUUCCUUUGUACUUUUGGAAAUACACAUUCUUGAGAAUGAUUCUCAAAAGUUCUCAGCUGUCCUCGUAAUUUUUUGAGUUUUUGUCCUGCCAUAUGUUUUGACACAACUUUGUUGCCUAUAUUUUACUAUGCAUGUAUUGCAAAGUAUAUACUGUUCAGUAUAUAUGGAUAUAAUGUUUAUGUAUAUUAAUGUAUAUGCAUGUAAAUUUAUACGUAUGUGAAUGUAUAAAGAUUUGUUUAAACUUUUAUGGACUCAGGUUUUAGCCUGAUUUUCUCUAAGUACAAAGUGAUAAAAUAAAAAGUGUGCUUAAAUUGUUAUAUGAAACAAUUCGUGUUAUCGAAGUUUUAUUUUUAGUGAAGAAAAGAAAUUAUAGUCUUUAUGUUGUGAUAAAUGCGCUUGGUGAGAAGCCGAUGUUGCUGUAACGUAUUCAAGAUGCGACGAACUAGCUCUUUGUGAGCUCUUUAUUUGUGAAAUGUCAUUAAUAUAUCUUGAACAAGGUGUUGUAUAAAUUACGUUGGCUUGGAUCUGGCUUAAGCGCAAAGUGGAGUCAUUUUUGGUAAGUUUGUAUCCUGCUGUAGAGGCUUUUUUUUUCAUUUUUGUUUAUAUUUAUUGUAGUAUCCAGAAUGAACCGUCAUUUCAACUACUAUAAAUCUAGUUCUUGUAUUUUUUAUAAUGUUUCAUCCAUGUCUGUCUUGUAUAUUAUUCAUCUUUUUCCUAUAUAUAUGUAUAGGAAAUAAUUUUAUAUAUAUUUUUUUUCACUUCUUUAAUGGUAUAAUGCUUUAGUUAAUUUUUUUUCUACAAUGUUCUGUAGGUUUAAAGAUAGCUAAUUUUUAUCAUCUUUGAUGUUAAUCUGGCCAUUGCUGUUGAAGAAAAUAGUCAUCGUGUAUCAUUUACGAAUUGUAAGUUUCAGCCCUGAGUUUUCACAAAUAAGAUAUUUUUGGUAUGGGUGAUAUUUUGAUUUCAUUUGUUUUUAUUGGCCAACACAUUUAGGAGAUUCCUAUUAUUGAAAGAAGUUUUUUUUUUAAAGCAGCAAUAUUUUCCUUUAAAUGUUUUAUGAAAUUAAAAAAAAAAAGAUAUAUAUAUUCUAUGACAGAUUUUUUGUCAGGUUACCAAUCGAGCUUUGUGGAAAUUGAAGCGGGGCUUUUUGAAGGGGCAUUGUCUAGAUGCUGAGAGAGUGAAUGUGGCUCUCUUAAGUGUUAGGCUGGGGUCUGUGACAACUAAGGGCAGCAUUUUAUGUAUGGACACCCAAUAGGAAUCUUGUAACUAAGCUGUACAUUUUGCUUUUAAAAAUGUUAAAUAAAUACUUUAUUUAAAUGUAA